GCCCCGUGAGCACAACCGCUCAACAAAAUUCGAUGUGUUGUUGUUAGUUUCUGUUUUCUUUAUUUGCUUUAAAUUUCCGAACUUUUUUGUAUAUCUUUGCUUUUUUCUGAAUACAAGAGAAGAGCAUAAUGGGCGCUGAUCUUCCACCGAAAUUUCAAUAUGCAUUCCGAAGGUGUCUUUUCUACACUUUUGUACUUGUCGCCUGGUUAUUCAUUGGAAUGAUAUUGUUUCCCGCAUUGUGUACCCCAGCAGUCAAACAGGUUAGCAGACCGUAUUUCGGAUUUUUAAAUUUGGUACAUUUCGAAGCUCCAUUGUAAAACAAUGGUGAAGAGACCAAAAUCAACUGAAAUCAGUGCUAAAAUUUUGAACCAAAAUAUCUCGGAGCUCCCCGAUGAUUAGCAGCUGGAUUUUUCCGGAUGAUAUAGCCAGAACCUUCUAUUAUCGGAUGGCAAUAUUGUCAUCUUGAUGUCCGGUGUCUGGUGUAAAAACUUCCCUUGUGAGGAAAUUCAAAAAUUUUGCCACCUCUGUUUUUCACUUCCGCAGCUCAAAUGUCAGUUCUUGUUACUGGCUGAGUAGCGUCAGUGAAAAUUUGGCAUCCCCUUUUUUGUGUUUUAAAAGUCCAAACCUAUUCAGAAUUAGGAAAAAUUGACUUUCUGAAAACAAAAAAAAGAUAUUUUGAGACUGUUGGUUUUGAACUUAACACACUUAAAAAUCAAAUAAUGUCUGAACACAUGAGAUGCGGAACAGUGCAUGCCUUGCAAAGAUCCACUUUAAUAAAAUUCAGGACGAUAAUGAAGCAGGAAUAUUCCGGUUAGAUGCAAAACGUUCAGAUUUAUUAAAUGUGCUCUGGGCAGAAACAAUAACCAACGGCGAGGAUGAUUGGUCAGAGCUUGCAGAUCAAAAACUGGAAUUGUAUGAAAAAGCACUCCUUCAACAUUAUGGCAUCGACUUGGAUAAAUCCGAUAAAUCAUUUGCUUCAGGAUUGCAAAAAUCCUUUGCAAUUUCCACAACAAUUGGCCCCCUGGAUGUUGACGAUUUUACAACGUUAGGCAAGCUAAUUGCAGUCCUUUACGCACUUAUAGGAACCCCGCUAUUUUUAACAGUUAUUGGCCAGCUUGGGAAAAUGGUGACGUCAGUGUGGCAGGGAACAACUCUUUGGAUUGUAACAAUCGUUUACAUUUUCAUUUCCGCUGUUAUUUACGAUAUUGUGGAAGGGGGAUCGGAUGAUGUGCCAUUUAUUGAAGCAAUUUUUUCGAUUUUUCUGCAAUUCACGACAGUUGGAGAGGUGGAUAAUGAGUUUCACGGUGUGCUUCCCUACUGCAUUGUAGUGCUUGGAUUGGCUCUUAUCACAGCGUUAUAUCAAGAAAUGCAACACAACAUUGAGCGAUUUAUUCAUCCUUUCGAGUAUUCAUUUAACAGAUUAUGCGGAAAUGUUGAAAGAUGGGCCGGUGAGAAGAGUGAAGAUAAAAAGUCGAUUGUAACAUCAAGAAUAGAAGAAGAAAAUGAGGACGAAAUUAGUGAUUACGAAUAACUACGACUAUUUUCAAUAAUGAGCAGAACCUCCCCUCCCUCCAUUACGAAAAAAUGUCAUUUCAUUCAAAGUUCUUUCAUUUUGAAACAUUUCUAUUAUAAGGAUGUCAUUCAUUUAUUAUCGUUUUCUUUCGAAUCCCUCUGCAAAAAGCAAUGAUAGUCACAAACGGUGAGCAUAGAUUAGAUCUUUAGAGUUUUUUUUCGCAUUGCAACGUGUACAUUAUUUUAUCUGGAAUUUCUCUUUUUUUUUUUGGUUUUUUUGUCUGGUCUUGUUUUCAAAAAUAGAAUCGAUUGAUUG